CUACACAACCUUUUUCCAACAAAAAUAAUAAUAAAUAUUAAUAGGUUUAGCCAUGGUUGAACUAAUUCACAAGCUUUUGAACUUGUCAGCACCAACAUUCACCUUCUUUUCACUCCUCUGUUUCUACCCACCUUUUAUGUUCUUCAAGUUCUUUCACUCAAUUUUCAACUCUAUUUUCAGUGAGAACAUUUCUGGAAAAGUUGUUCUAAUUACUGGGGCUUCUUCAGGAAUCGGUGAGCAUUUGGCUUAUGAGUAUGCGAGUAAAGGGGCUUGUUUGGCUCUUGUGGCCAGAAGACAAAAUCAGCUUCGAGAGGUUGUUGAACAUGCUCGAGAGAUUGGUUCACCUGAUGUGCUUAUGAUUGUUGCUGAUGUUUCUAAAGUGGAAGAUUGUAAAAGACUUGUUGAUGACACUAUCGAUCACUUUGGUAGAUUGGAUCAUCUUGUGAACAAUGCUGGGAUCAAUUCAGUUUCCUUGUUUGAUGAGAUAACAAAUAUAACUUCUCUCAGAAAUGUUAUGGAUACAAAUUUCUGGGGUUCAGCUUAUACAACUCAUUUUGCAAUUCCACACCUUAAACAAAGCAAAGGGAAGAUAGUAGUGCUUUCUUCCUCUGCUUCUUGGUUACCAAUUCCAAGAAUGAGCUUAUAUAAUGCAAGCAAAGCUGCAUUGUUUGCAUUGUUUGAGACAUUGAGAGUUGAGCUAGGACAAGACAUUAAAAUAACCCUUGUCACUCCUGGUUUCAUAGAGUCAGAACUCACACAAGGCAAAUUCCUAGACAAAGAAGGCAAAAUGAUCUUUGAUCCUGAUUUGAGGGAUGUUCAAGUAAGUGCUAUUCCAGUUGGGACAUGUCAAGGUUGUGCAAAAGGAAUAGUGAAAAGUGCUUUAAAGGGUCAAAGAUACUUGACUGAACCAUCUUGGUUUAAGGUCACUUAUAUAUGGAAAGUGUUUUGUCCUGAGAUUCUUGAGUGGGGAUAUAGAUUGUUUUAUCUGAACAAACCAGGAACUGAGGCCUCAGAAACUCCAAGCAAGAAGAUCUUGGAUGUGAGUGGUGCUAAGAACUUUCUCUACCCAGAUACUCUCCAAGCUCCUCAAGAGGUUGAUAAGAUUGAUUGAAAACUUUGCUUUGCUUUUUGAGUAGUGUGUGAGAAGUGGUUUAGUUGUGUAUUUUGUAGUAUAUAUUUAGCUUGAGAAGAUAUGAGUUUUCUGUUUAUAAGAGUCUUUUGGCAAAUUUGAGUGUUGUCUCUUUUGUUUUUGCUACUAAUUUUGUGUAUCAAAAUAAUAGACGGAAUGUACAUUUGUAGAUUAUAGACCACAUGUUGUUUUCAAUGCUUUGACAAAAUAAAGAAUUUUAUAUCAUUGGCUGAGCACUAUUUCAAUUAAAUAGAAUACACAAUGAGAAAGCAUAAAAA